AUGAAGUUCAUGGUGGUUCUGGUGGGCGCCGGCACGCUGGCCUUCCUCGGCGCUGUCAUCUGCAUCUUCGCCAGCGUUUACCCCCGUAAACGCGCGGCGGCUCCGGGAGACAACGGCACCCUGACGUCAGAGACGCUCCUCCAGCCUCUGGAGCGACCCGGCGCGGUGGCUCACGCCGGUCCGCUCGGCGCCCUGCACGGUUCCGACUCCUACGGCGGAGAGAACGAUCUCGGCGGCGGAUUGGGGAUCCCUUCGCUGAACGAGCUCGACCUCGGGGAGGAGACCAGCCGAGGCUCGGUGAAGGCGUUCGGUUACAGCCGACUCAUCUGCACGCCGGUCCCGCUGGGAGAAUGUAAGGGGAAAGACGCUGGGCGGCAGCCGCUGGCUGACGACCCUCUCGCCGACAAGGAGUGGAGCUUCCUCCGCACCACCGCCGAGGAGCUCCGGCAGACGGUCAUACAGCAGAACGACCAGAUCCUCAUGGACCAGAGGACCAUUCGGGAACUGACGGGAAAGCUGAGCGAGUGCGAGAGCGGCCUGGAGGAAGAGGACGGCGAGAGGCCCGGCCCCGAGCGAAGCGUCGGGGUCUGGAGCGGCAACCGGCGGAUCAUGGCUGGGGAUGACGUGAGCUCCUCGGCGGCCUCGCAGCUGCAGACAGCCCGGGCUGUGGAGGAGCUGGCUCGGGCCAUCAUGGACCUGAAAGACCGGAUAGAAAAACUAGAGGCAGAAAUAGGCCCAGCAGCCUUGAACCUCACUGACACAUCUACAGCAGCAAGCAGCAGUAGCACCCCAGUGGCAGCCAAGCCCCCUACUCCACCCACAAGCAACGCCAACUCUGCACCCCCGGGUCCGGUGGCGGCGGGCCCCGGGGGCCGUCGACCGGGCUCCCCCGCUUCUAAGCCCUCGGCCAAGGGGCCCCCUGGUCGUGGGAAGGCUCCCUGGAGGGUGGAGGACCUGGAGGGCGAGCUGGAGAGGAAAAUCAAGAUGCUGGAGAAGGAACGGCAGGCCAUAAGGAAGGAGACGCAAGGCCAGUAUGAGAAGAUCAACCAGGGCUUGGACACUGCCAACCACCGUGUCAGUGAACUGGAGCACAGCCUAACUGAGCCGUCCUUCCCCGACGGCUUCGUGCUCUCCUUCCCCAUGCGCACCAACUACAUGUACGGCCUGGUCCGGAAGGAGAUAACGGAGAUGUACGCUUUCACCGCCUGCGUGUGGCUAAAGGCUAAGGAAGGCGGAAUUGGCACGCCGUUCUCUUACUCAGUACCUGGACAGCCCAACGAGUUGGUGUUGCUGCAAGGCGUCCACAACCCUGUGGAGCUACUCAUCAAUGAUAAGGUGGCACAGUUGCCGCUGUCGCUCCCUCAGGACCAAUGGCAGCACAUCUGCGUCAGCUGGACGCUGAGGGACGGUGUGUGGAAGGCCUACCAGGGCGGCAAAAUGAAGGGGCGGGGUGAAGGACUGGCUGCCUGGCACCCCAUCAAACCUGGAGGGGUGCUCAUCCUGGGCCAGGAACAGGACACUCUGGGCGGACGCUUCGACGCUUCCCAAGCGCUGGUCGGCGAACUCUCGCAAUUCAACUUGUGGGACCGAGUGCUGAAGCCCGCCGAAGUCGCCGCUCUGGCGGAAUGCAGCUCCUCGGUCCUCGGUAACAUCGCCCCCUGGACCGAUCUGGACGUGGACGUCUACGGUGGUGCCACCAAGGAGUCUUUAGAUCCGUGUCACGCCGCUGAGAGAUCCAACCCCAAACAGUGA